UUUUAGUAAUAUUGUACAUCAGUUCUUAGUCUGAUUCUUAUGCAAUAUUACUCUUCCUCUUAGCCCCCAAUCCACUCUGCAAUCCUGGCUCCGCCCCUGCUAAUGCCUACCAUGCACAUACACCGGGACUGACUUUGCCUUCAUCUAAACAUGUAUAAAUUUACAUGCCACUCUCAUCUUCCAAGCACUACUUCAUUACCAAGCAUUUUUUUAAACCCUUUGUAAACCCUAGAACUCCAUAACCAUUUCUUUAAGAAGAUGAAGGCUGGUGCUCUGGAGCUUGGUGAGGCCUCCAAGGAUUCCACUCUGAAAAGCACGGUGAACAGAGGUGUCUCUGUUCUAGACUUCAUUUUGAGACUCAUUGCCAUUAUCGGAACCCUAGGAAGUGCAAUUGCCAUGGGAACAACUGAUCAAACACUUCCCUUUUUCACACAGUUCACUCAGUUUAGGGCUAAGUAUGACGAUCUCCCAAUGUUCACGUUCUUUGUGGUUGCAAAUUCAAUUGUAUGUUCCUAUCUGGUUCUUUCUCUGGCUCUAUCCAUCUUCCACAUCGCAAGGAGCAAUGCAAACGGCAGUAGGAUAAUCUUGAUCUUCUUUGAUACGGCAAUGCUGGCACUUUUGACUGCUGGAGCUUCUGCAGCAGCAUCUAUUGUGUACUUAGCACACAAGGGCAAUGCCAAGGCAAACUGGUUCGCGAUCUGCCAGCAAUUCAACUCCUUCUGCGAACGCAUCUCUGGCUCUUUGAUUGGGUCAUUUGCAGGAGUUCUUGUGCUUAUGCUGCUGAUAUUGUUGUCUGCUGUUGCUCUUUCUCGACGUUGA